AUGACUGAAUCAACCAUAUUGAAGCGACUCUCCGCCCUAGACACCAACACAGUGUCCGAUGCAUUAGAUUUCUUAGACCUCAAAGGCGCCACAUAUGGUUUACGACCGCUCUGGGACUGCCCGAAAAUAGUAGGACGAGCCAGCACAGUCAAAGUCGGUCCCAAGACCGACGCUGCUCCCACAACCCAUCUCCUCACACCGGUCAUCGACGCCGUCACAACAAAUGACCGCAUUCUAGUCAUUUCAGGCGGCACUGAGGGCAUUUCAUGCUGGGGCGAUAUCAUCGCCAAUGCUUCGAAGAAGAAAGGCAUCCGCGGGACCAUCAUCGAUGGCAUGAGCCGUGAUAUCGACGGCAGCAAGGACGUCAACUAUCCUGUCUAUGGCCGGGGAGUGACGAUGAUCAGCGCGCGAAACCGCUUAGUGCAGCUCGAGUCCGGUACACCAUUGCAGGUCCGCGGUGUCACCGUCAACCAAGAUGACUACGUGAUUGCCGAUAUCUGUGGAACAGUGUUUGUGCCGGCUGCGCGCAUUGAGGAAGUUCUGGACUUGGGUGAACGCAUUGAUCGUCGCCAAAACCGCAUGGUGCAGGCUGUGAGAGCUGGAAACCCUGUCUCUGAGGUUAUGCAUGAUAAGCAGUUUGAGGCUAUCCGCUCCAGUGAUGAGUCUGCCCCGGCUAGUUCAUCGUCCUCGUCGUCAUCCAACCCCAAGAAAGCGAGCCCUGAAGACGCGGAGCUGGCUGCCCUGUUUGCUGAAUCAGAUACCCCUGGCAUCUCGGAUGCGCUUGAUAAGCUUGGUAUUCCUGGACAGGCGCUUGGUAUCAUGCCUUUGACCAACUACGAAAAGGUAACGGUAGGGCCGGCCUUUACCGUGCGCUAUGUUCCUGCUAGCGAUCCCCCAGGCAGUGUUGGCGACUUCAUUGACGAUGUCGCCGAGGGUGACUUUGUGGUCAUUGACAACGGCGGCCGUACUGAUUGCACUGUUUGGGGAGAUAUUAUGACGCAAUAUGCUGGCCUGCGAGGCAUUGCUGGCACUGUCAUCGACGGUGUCUGCCGUGAUGUAAAUCGCGCAAUCAAGAACGAGUACCCUAUUUUCACGGCAGGGCGUUGGAUGCGGACUGGCAAGGACCGGGUGCAAGUCGGAGGCGUCAAUGAGUCUGUGGGAAUUGGCAAAGUCCGUGUCAACCCCCGUGAUAUCGUGGUUGCUGAUGCCAACGGUGUUGUCAUUGUCCCUCGGCAUCGGGCGAGGGAAGUGGCGGAAGUUGCUCAGAAGAUUGAAAAGAGCGAGGAAGGCAUUCGCGAAAUGAUCAUGGGUGGAGCAAGCAUUGGAGAGGCACGGAAGCAGCUUGGAUAUCACACACUGCAGCGUAAGAAUUAA